AUGGAGCUUUGGAUAGACAGCAUCGGUUGCCGACAUCUUCGAACUGCGCCUCGUCACCCCUGUUCGAACGGAGCGGCAGAGAAUCUAGUCAAAACUGUCAAGAGUGCAAUUGCGUCUGUCAAUCCUAAAACGCUACAUGAGUUGGAAAUGUUGGUGGAUAGCUUCCUACUCCAAUACCGAAACGGAACACAUACAACCACGAAGGAGAGCCCGGCAACGUUUUUUAAAUCCAGACGCUUGCGAUCCUCCCUGCAGUGCCUCGACUUCAGUAACGUCGUAUACUUCCGUGGUAAUGAUUUGCGACCCGUCUGUGGUAUAGUCACACGACAACUGGGUCAAGCCAUGGUGGAAAUUACCGACUUGAAUGAUGCUACUGUGUACAAGCGACACGUGGACCAAAUCCACUUCAAACCAUCGACGGACCAGCGGCAUCAAGAGACAAGCGAGGGUGACAGUCAGUUGCACAUCCCGUCAGCAUAA